UAAACAGUCUUCUAACAACAACAAAAACAAAAACAAAAAAAAAGUAGCCCUCAGAAAAUGCCACCUUUUGUUGAGAUUGAAGACAAGGGAGAGCCUGUUACUGCACCAGCUGUUGACCCAAAGCUCAAGCAUCCCGAUCAUCGCUAUCCUCUUUUUGUCGGAAAGUGGAAGCGGUCCAUCCCGUAUGUCGAUGAUGACUUUGCACAUGAGGACAUGGACGAACCGCAUUUGAAGCGAAAACAUACCAUCCUUGGAGACCAUCCCGAAGUCGAAAAGCUCUAUGGCACAGAAAUCAGAACUCUUUACGUAACGAUUGCAAUCACUGUUGUCCAACUUAGUCUAGCUUAUGGUUUUGGUCGUGUUUGGCAGGCUCCGUUCUGGGUUUUCUUCUUGGUGGCCUAUGUGGUUGGUGCGACACUUAUUGGCGCGAUUGGUGUCAUAAUUCAUGAGGCCUGUCACUGCCUGAUUAUGCCCACAAAGAGUCACAACCGCUAUGUCGGACUACUGGCAAAUGUUUCUCUGCCUGUGCCUAUCGCACAGUCUUUUAGACGCUAUCAUAUCGAGCAUCAUACCUGGCAGGGAGUUGAAGGCAUGGAUCCUGACCUGCCUCUCGAUUGGGAGAAAGAGCUUAUUAAAGGAAACAGCCUGACGAAACUAUUGUGGAUCCUCAUCUACCCUGUCAUGUACGUUGUCCGAGGUGCAGUCCAGCAGCACCAGCGAAACAUGAAACCAUCAAAGUGGGAGAUCAUCAACCUAAUCUUUACUGUGUGCACGGACAUCAUAAUUCAGCAGGUCUGUGGAUGGACUGGACUUGGCUAUCUUAUGCUCUCUCUCUGGCUAGGAUAUUCUCUCCACCCAGGAGCUGCUCACUUUAUCCAGGAACAUUACACAUUUGGUGAUGGCCAAGAGACAUAUUCAUACUACGGUGUCCUUAACAUCCCCUUUAUGAACAUUGGGUAUCACAAUGAGCAUCAUGAUUUCCAAAAGAUUCCUUGGACAAAGUUGCCCGAGCUGCGAUCAAUUGCAAGCGAAUAUUAUGAUACACUAGCUUACCAUACCUCAUGGAUCUUUGUUCAUUGGAAAUUUAUUCUCGAGCCUACCUUGGGUGCUCAAAGUCGCGUUGUACGUACCUAUGAGGAAUUCAAGAAAGGUCGUGCUAUGUUGAGACCUAUGCGUAUUUUCGAAGAGAUGAAGAGAAAAAAGGAUUAGUCAUUCCGUAUUCUGGAUAAAUAUUGAUACUAUUCAACAGCUUAAUUAUCAAUAUAACUUAUAUAUCUAUAUAAGCCAAAUCUCAAUUAUUGAUAAAAUAUAAUACAUAAUAAAGUUAAUUUGAUUCU